AUGGCGAGAUCUUCAUCGUGGCACCGAAUGUCAAACUUCAUGAGAAAAUACCGGAAAAUCCCUCACUCCUCCUUCAAAACGAAAUGGAACGAGAGCCUCAAGCACAAAUACGCCAUGGAAGAGCUAAAAACCGGCCUUGUCGCCACCGGUUCAAUCUCGAUCGAGAACGGCGGCGCUAUGAGAACCAUCAUCAACUCAUUCCGCCUCCACAACUGCGAACCCACGCCGCAAGCAUACAGAUUCGUAAUCAAAACCCUAGCCAAAACCUCCCAGCUCGAGAACAUCGCCUCCGUUCUCAACCACCUCGAAUCCUCCGAGAAAUUCGACACACCGGAAUCCAUUUUCCGAGACGUCAUCUUCGCUUACGGCUUCUCCGGUCGAAUCGAAGAAGCGAUCGAUGUCUUCUUCAAAAUCCCCAAUUUCAGGUGCGUGCCUUCUGCUUACACUCUCAACGCUCUGCUCUCAGUUCUCGUGAGAAAUCGACAGAGCCUCACAAUGGUGCCUGAGAUUUUGAUGAAAGCUAGUAAAAUGGGUGUUAGGUUAGAGGAAUCGACUUUCGGGAUUUUGAUCAAUGCUCUCUGUAGAAUCGGCGAAGUAGAUUGUGCAACUGAGUUAGUGAAGCACAUGAGUGAAGAAAGUCUGAUCAUUGAUCCAAGACUAUACUCUCUGCUGCUGAGCUCUGUAUGUAAACACAAGGACUCGUCACGUUUCGAUGUCAUCGGAUACAUGGAAGAGCUAAGAAAGACUCGGUUUUCGCCGGAUUUACGAGAUUACACGGUGGUGAUGAGGUUCUUGGUGGAAGGAGGAAGAGGGAAAGAAGUUGUGAGUGUGCUUAACCAGAUGAAAUGCGAUCGGAUUGAGCCGGAUAUUGUGUGUUAUACGAUCAUCUUGCAAGGAGUUGUUGCGGAUGAGGAUUAUGCGAAAGCGGAGAAGUUGUUUGAUGAGCUGUUAUUGUUAGGUUUGACUCCUGAUGUUUAUACGUAUAAUGUGUAUAUCAGUGGACUGUGUAAGCAGAAGGAUAUUGAUGGUGGGAUGAAGAUGGUGGAUUGUAUGAGGAAGGUUGGUUCUGAGGCUAAUGUGGUUACGUAUAAUAUAUUGAUAAAGGCGUUGGUUGAGGUUGAGGAUAUGAGUGGAGCUAAGAGUUUGUGGGAAGAGAUGGAGAGGAAUGGGGUUGAGAGGAACAGCCACACGUAUGAUGUGAUGAUUAAGGCGUUUCUUAAAGUAGAUGAGGUUGUUUCUGCUCAUGGUUUGUUGGAGGAAGCAUUUAACAGGAACUUGGUUGUUAAGAGAAUAAGAAUAGAGGAAGUUAUUUGCAGUUUAUGUGAUAAAGAUUUGAUGGAUGAAGCAAUGGAGCUUAUAGCACAUUUGGUUUAA